CCAGCCGAAGAAGAAUAGAUAUCGCCGCUCUUCAUUUUUAUCGCUCUUAAGGAAGCUAAAGCUUCGAUCCCAAUUUCAGCCCAAAAAUGUCCGGAGAGGAAGUUGCAGUCGCUGCUCCAUCUGAGGUUGCAGCUGCCAUUGGUGAGCCAAUGGACAUCAACUCAGCCUUGCCCCUUGUGAUUAGGAAGUCGCAAGCACAUGGUGGUCUUGCACGUGGUUUACACGAAGCUGCCAAGGCAAUUGAAAAGCACAAUGCACAUCUUUGUGUUUUGGCCGAGGACUGUGACCAGCCAGAUUAUGUUAAACUGGUCAAGGCACUCUGUGCUGACCAUAAUGUUAAAGUGCUACGUGCACCUAGUUCAAAAACUCUGGGAGAGUGGGCUGGUUUGUGCAAGAUAGAUUCCGAGGGCAAGGCAAGGAAGGUAGUUGGAUGCUCUUGCGUAGUUGUCAAGGAUUAUGGUGAGCAACACGAGGCUGUUGAAGUUGUUCAGCAGCACAAGGAUUAAGCGAUUAGAGGAUGGUUUAAUAGUAAACAACAAAAAGUUUUAUCUUUUCUCUAAAUGCUCUGAACUGCUUGGUGUUUCUGAAGUAUGUUACUUUUUCUUUUCAAUUGAUAUGCUUUUA